UUCAACACAAACACGUCCUUACUUCCCCCAUUUUCCAUUUCUUUCCCAAUUAGGUAUUCGGAUGAAGAUCCAGUGCGAUGUCUGCGGCCGCGAUGGAGCGGCGGUGUUCUGCGUCGCCGAUGAAGCCGCUCUCUGCGCCGCCUGCGACCGCCGCGUCCACCACGCGAACAAGCUCGCCGGAAAACACCACCGGUUCACGUUGAUACACUCGCCGUCGCCGAAACAAGCUCCGGUCUGUGAUAUUUGCCAGGAGAGGAAGGCUUUUCUGUUCUGCCAACAGGACAGGGCGAUUAUGUGCAGAGAGUGCGACGGCGCAAUACACCGAGCUAAUGAGCACACACGGAAGCACGCCAGGUUUCUCCUCGCCGGCGUGAAACUUUCUCCGACGACUUCGCUGUAUGCCGCGCCGCCGUCCUCGCCGGAAUCGGCAACCUCGGGUUUAAGCAACAGCAGUGAACCUGUCUGUACAGUAAGUACACCAUCCACUGCGAAGGGUACAACAGGUGAAAGCGAGAAGAGUUUCAGCGGCACUUUCACAGAACCCGGAUGGCAUUUUGAUGAGUUUCUAGACUCUUCCUACAUCUUCAAGGAUGGAGAAAAUGAAUUGCUCCCACUCUGGGAUAGUGACUGGGCAACCAAUUCCAGCUAUACGAGUGGAUAUUUUCCCACUGGGAAAAUGGAAAUUUGGGUGCCCCAACAAAAUCCGGGUGGAUUAGGGGAACAGUCAUUCAAAGAAUUUACCAAUAAUAGCAACAGCAGAUCUACAAGAAAAAGGGAUCAAGACAACUGUUUUGCUGUUCCUCAGACUAUCCCAUCUCCAAAUGCCUCGAACAGAUCAAGAAUUUUGUAAUAUUAAAUUUAAGCAGCACCCCAUUUCCUCGUGUCUGGUUCUCCCAUCCCAUUUCCCAAAGGUUUCCUGCUUUUAGUGUGUGAUCUAGAUUUAUGUUUACCAUCGCAACUUCUAUCUUUUUGUCUGUGUAUAUCUCAACCAGCUAUAAUAAUAAAUCAAGGGUUUUAUUGUAUCC